AUGAGAGGAUUCCUGGCGGAAUUCAAAAAAUCUGUCACAAAGGAGUUAGACAAACUCUUAAUCCCGAUACAGGAAGGCAUGGCAGACCUCAUGGCCUGGGCCCAGGAGACUAAACACAAAAUGGAGGAGAUAGCGGAGGCAGUGAACUCACAUGACACUGACCUGCAAGAGCUCCGGGAACAACUGCAACUCAUGGAAGAAGCAAAAGAAGACCUCAGCAACAGGACCUGCUGGAACAACAUCCGGGUGAGGGGCCUACUGGAAUCGGUGUCCACUCUCAUGACAGUGUUCCAGACCCUCCUACCAGCAGCAACAGUGGUGGAUCUCCUCAUGGACCGUGCCUAUCAAGCCCUGCGAGCCCCCAGCGUGAACCAAACGCUCCCAUAG